AUGGAGGAGAUUGGUAUCCUGCCCGCGGACGCGCACGCCUCGACGUCGCAAGUGCCGAGUGGCCAGACUGGUGGCCAGCCUGCUGUGCGCUCCGGCCGCGAUGCCUACCUAUACUUUAAGAAGCUGCAGCAGCAGCUCGAGUUCCUGAAUACGAUGGAAGACUAUGUGAAAGAUGAGCAGCGCAACCUGAAGCGCGAGCUUGUGCGCGCGCAAGAGGAAGUCAAGCGUAUCCAGUCCGUCCCUCUUGUCAUCGGACAGUUCCUGGAGCCGAUCGACCAGAUGACGGGCAUUGUCGGCUCGACGACCGGGUCAAACUAUGUGGUGCGCAUCCUUUCUACGAUCGACCGUGAGCUGCUGCGUGCCGGCAGCAGUGUUGCGCUGCACCGCCACUCGAACUCGCUCGUGGAAGUCCUCCCCCCCGAGGCCGACUCGAGCAUUGUGAUGAUGGGCCAGAACGAGCGGCCGACCGAGACCUACCAGGACAUUGGUGGUCUGGACGUGCAAAAGCAAGAGAUCCGCGAGGCGGUCGAGCUCCCCCUUGUGCAGUUCGACCUGUACCGCCAGAUCGGUAUUGACCCCCCCCGUGGCGUGCUGCUCUAUGGCCCCCCCGGUACCGGUAAGACGAUGCUGGUCAAGGCGGUGGCGAACGCCACCACCGCCUCCUUCAUCCGUGUCGUCGGCUCCGAGUUUGUGCAGAAAUACCUCGGUGAAGGCCCUCGCAUGGUGCGCGACGUGUUCCGUCUGGCGCGCGAGAAUGCGCCGUCGAUCAUCUUUAUUGACGAGAUCGACGCGAUUGCCACGAAGCGUUUCGACGCGCAGACUGGCGCGGACCGUGAAGUGCAGCGUAUUCUCCUCGAGCUGCUUACGCAAAUGGACGGUUUCGACCAAGGCAGCAACGUCAAGGUGAUCAUGGCGACGAACCGUGCCGACACGCUCGACCCUGCGCUGCUGCGUCCCGGCCGUCUGGACCGCAAGAUCGAGUUCCCCCUGCCGAGCCGCCGCGAGAAGCGUCUCAUCUUCCAGACGAUCUGCAGCCGGAUGAACUUGAGCCCCGACGUGGACUUGGAAGACUACGUGAACCGCCCCGACAAGCUCUCCAGCGCCGAGAUCGCGGCGGUUUGCCAGGCGGCUGGAUUGCAGGCGGUGCGCAAGAACCGCUACGUGGUGCUGCCCGCCGACUUUGACGAGGCGUGCAAGCAGCUCGCCAAAAAGUCGGACGACGGCCGUAUGGAGUUCUACCAGUAG